CAACUCGCCGGAGUGGGUCAAGGUUGUAAUUCCGUCUUCACCGAGUUCGACAAUGGCCUCGGAUACGGAAUCGAGGACGCCGAAGAGAACACCGCAAAGCUCAUCAGCGGCAAGGGCGGUUCGGGUGGUUCGACCGGCGGCUCCGCUCCACCACCUCCUCCACCCCCACCUCACCACAAGGAUCGUCGACAGCUCGACAAGAUUUCCAAUGGCUUCCAAGCCAUCUCAAACGCUGUGGGCGCCGGCAGCUCGACUUCAAGUCUGACCACUGAGCUCGACAAUCUUGAUGGAACGGGCACCAGCGGAUCCGCUCAGAUCGGAGCCGCCAUCGGACAGGGAGAAGUCGACAUCCUCGAAGGUAUCGGCAAAGCGAUUCCCAAG